ACCAUGGUCUACAGAUAUUUGGCAUAGCACCAACAAUUUGACGACUUUUCGAUAUCGUGAAUCUCUGUAGUCUCAUGGAAUGCAUACAGUAUGUAACACAACUACUAGUACUGGGCAGUUGAGCCUCUUGAGGUCAUCUCGCCAAAGUCAAAACUAACCUACUGUACGAGUACCCCCGGAUGCGGGGAGGUUCCCAUGGCAUUAUGAUGAUCCCCUUUAGCCGACUUGGAGAAUCUCGUCGGCUUCUAGGAUUCCAUCUACAGGGUCUACUCCUUCGUAUAUAAACUGGGGCAGGCUGUGAAGAGUAUCCCUGACAGACAAUAGUAGCCGUCUGACGAUCCCUGCCCUCAUCGAAAAUGGCUGCCAACACCGAUCUAACCGUCGAUGCCAGGAAAUUCGACCCAGCCGCGAUAUCGGAAGAUAGCCAUGCCUUCAACGCCAAGCUAAUAGACCUCAUGGCCCAAGGGCCCAAGUGGUACGAAGUCGGCGCCGAGAAGUAUCGUCAGAUGCGAGCUGCCGGUGAAACACCGUUUCCCAAAGCCACAUUCUUAGACUCAGCAGAGGACUUUACCAUCCCAUCGAGGGACGCCGGCCGCUCAAUACCAUGCCGGAUCCUGAAGCCCCAGCACGGCGGCAAACCCAAAGCACUGUUCAUGCACAUCCACGGCGGAGGCUGGGUCCUGCAGGAUGAGAAGUCGCAAGAUCCCACGCUUCAAGACACUGCCAACAAGACCGGCACGUUAGUCAUCUCAGUCGGCUACAGGCUCGCCCCGGAAGAUGCUUUCCCGGCCGGUCCAAACGACUGCUACGACGCUGCAGAGUGGCUGGUAGACAACUCUGAAUCGAAGUUCGGCGUACCCAUGGCUUUCCUGGGUGGUGAAUCCGCAGGAGGUCACUUGAGCAUGUUGGUCGUGCUGCAUCUCCUGCAACACCAACAACAGAAGUACGCAGAUUUCCAGUUCAAAGGUCUGCUACUGCACUACGGCUGUUAUUCCAUGCUGUGGACGCCGCGUGUGCACACAUUCCGGAAAGGAAAGCAAGGCAGUCUCAUCUUGGAUCAAGAUCUAAUGGACCAUUUCAUAGAGGUAUUUCUUCCUGGUAAGACCGAAGAAGAGAAGAAAGACCCUUCAAUAAGUCCUCUAUAUGCGGAUUUCGAAGCGUUACGGAGCAAGCUACCGCCUGCGCUAUUUACGUGUGGGACAGAAGACUGCCUACUGGAUGAUACCAUGUUUAUGAGUACGAAAUGGUUGAUGGCAGGUGGAGAAGGAGUGGUCAAAAUCAUCCCGGGAGCGCCACAUGGGUAUAUCAUGUUCCCCAGGACAAUCAAAGGAAGCGGUUCGGAAGAAGGGCUCACAGCCGUCGAGGAGUUCAUCUCGUCCAAGCUUGGUGAUGCACACAACGGCAAGUAGCUUGCCGUGAAGACGCCCGAGACACCAAUAACUCAGCCAGCGAAGCACGUCAAUGGACGCUCGCAAAGCGAAGAGACAUCAUGUGGUUGAUUGAACAAAUACUUUUCGUGCUCGGUCGGUGCAUU